AAAGGGAGAUCGUAAUCAAAAUCAUGUCUGAUGGUCAAAUCUCCAGAUAAUUUGUCUGUACACUUUACUUUUGGGUCAAAACGGAUGUAUAAGAACAUGUGUGUGUGUUCAGAAGAGGUCAACUUCCUUUUUUAACAGUUUGACACUCAUGGUGUGAGUUUGUAGAUAUUUUGAGUGUAUUGUUUUAGUCCACUAAGUACUUUUAUUUCUCACACACUGAAGAAGAGAUGAAGAUGCUGCAGUUGGUUCUGAUUCUGCUCGUGCUGUCUGGUGUUUUCACUCAGGACAGUAAAUGGGGUGUGAAAUAUCCUGAUAAACCGAUCUGUGCUGUGAGAGGAUUCAGUGUCUCCAUUAAAUGUAGUUAUUAUUAUCCACAAGGUCAUCAGGUGAUACAAAAACUUUGGUGCUCGAGUAACUUAAACACAUAUAAGUGUGAAGAUGACUAUGUUUAUAACAGCUCAUUAAACACAGAGUCAGACUUUAAGUUCACUGGAGACGACAAAUCAGACUGUACUUUAUUAAUCCACAAUGUACGGUUCAGUUAUUCUGGAGUUUACAGAUUCAGAUUUAUUACUGAUAAGAACAAAUGGACAGGUGAUCCUGGAGCGACUCUACAAGUUACAGAUUUAAAGGUGUCACUAAUCAGACUCAGUGGAAACGGAACCCUUAAACAAGGAGACUCCUUAAAUCUGAUGUGUGAUGUGAACUGCACAAACACUUCCUCACAGUUUGUGUGGUCUAAGAACAACCAGAGUUUAAAUACAUCAGGACUCGUUCUUCACUUUCCUGCUCUAAACCUGAGGGAUUCUGGGAAUUACACCUGCACUUGGGGAACCGGUGAGACGUCAGGAUCUGAAACCAUCAGCCUUCACGUGGAGGAAAAUCCUGAACACCAGUCAGUCUGGGUCAAUGUUUUGGUGAUCAUCGGAGUGAGUGUCUUCGUCUCAGUCGUCUCAGGAGCUGUGAUACACAACAGGAGGAGGAAAUUUACAGCUCCAGAAGAAAACGUGAGGGAAAAUGGAGAGAAAACACGAACAAAGCCACGGUUCAGCUCUCAGGUUUCUCAUGUUGUUGAGGAAGAAAUGUUGAACAAGGACGAAGUGACUUACUCGUCUGUCCAGUUAAAAACAACCAAAAGUUCACAGCUAAACCGAGAUCCUCAGCCUGAUAAAGAAGUGUUAGAUAAAGGAGGAGACAUUUAUGCAUCUGUGUUGAAGAAACCCAACAAAGCCACCAAACGGUGUGACCACACGGAGCAGCAGAAGGACGAUUCUGUUAUCUACAGCAGUGUGAAAAUGACCUGAUGAUGUUUUCACACCUCAUUCAACUCCAGUGCAGAUGAGUUUUAUUUAGACAUCAUCAUAAAACCUCAUCAUACAUUUUCCCAAUGCAUUUAAUUCUUUAUAAUUUAAGACUUGUUAAUAUCACAGGACAUUUAUUUGCUGUACACAUCCUGUAAAGAAGGGCAUUUAAACUCUUACAUUUUAGUAAUUUUAAGUUACACAAAUGGCUUCAAUUAACAAACCAAACUGAGUAUUUUAUUAAAUCUUUAACAAAAUAUAUAGCAGCUGUCCAGUUAUAAAUCGUCCCAGACGUUGCUUAUAAAGUCGGGCUGUGACAGUGUCGUCCCCAAUAGAGCCAGUGUUAUAUUUAUUACAAAGGAAUCGAUUCUCUAAUUAAGUCUAAAUACGUGUGAUUUCUUCAUUGUAAUUAGGGGUCCAAGCACCAAGGGUGAGUAGGAACCCUGUAGUUAUUCUACCUUUUCUUCUUCCUCUUCUUCUGGCUUGCUAGACUGUUUUAGUUUUAUGUUUAGUUUUAUAGACUGUUUAUGUGGAGAUGGAUUUAACUGCUCUGGGAUUUUAGACCCUUCUGAAUCCAUCAUGUCAUGAAUCUUUUACAAACAGGAGGUAAAGUAUUGUAUAUCCUGUAAAUGACAUGUUGGUAGAGAGCUUUUUCAUCAGCACAGGUACAUCCUGACUGUUUAGCUUAUAUAUGUACUGUAUAUACGCCCGCUAGUCAUGUGACCUUCUAAUGUUCAAGCAUUUUAUUAAAUAUAUGACUUUAUAUAACUUUGAUUUAAUGUUUUAUUAAAUAUAUGAUGUGUAUAAGAGAUAUAAGAUACAUGCUAAGUGCUUUACCCUUUUUCCUAAUAAAUACUUACUUUAAGAAUAAAACAAAAGUUGUUUCUUCUUUUUCUCUGUAUUUACUGUAAUGUAGAUGUUGUGUGAUGUUUUUUGCUCCAGGUGGUUAGUUCUCUUUAGAUAUUUUAGCUAUUAAUUAACACAACAGUGAUGAUAACGAUCAGCCUCACUGCUAUGCUAAUAUAUUUGUAUGCUAUUUGUUUCCUAUUUUCCCUAGGUCUAUUUGACCCGGUUGAAACGUUUAAUGAAAGUUUAAUGUGUCAUAACUUGGGUUUUCUUCCACAUAUUUGCCUGAAAUUAACCAGGAUUGUUCCAAAUUAUGAACUUUGUAUGUAAAAUUAAUUUUGUCUAUUUUUGUUGAACUAUGUGUUCAGACCAGUAUAUGCGUUUGGAUCCUCCUGGGUCAUUUUGACCCGGCCAAAUUUAGUGGGGCAAUAGGUCACACUUUUGCCCUUUUCAGCACAAUGAACAUACAUACAGACACAAAAAUGCACACA